AUGCCGCUGCUGCAAGGCCUCCGCGACGCGCUUCGCCUUCCAAACCCACGCGUGGACAGCUCGCGCCGUCGCUCACUUUUGGCCGCGGACCAUCUCGCAUCGCCGCCUCCGAACGGAGGCAGCACCGCUCUCAUCGUCGUCGACGCACAACGCUGUUGGUACUCCAACGCGGCCAAUGGGCGGGCCCGCACGGCCUUUCCUGCGCUUCCACAGAGGCUCAAAGCGCUGCUCGAGGGUGCGAGGCAGGAGGGCAUUCCCGUCGUGCACCUCCGGGCGAGCUACGAGUCGUCGCCGCACGUGUCGACGAUGCGACGGCUCAACCCCUCGCUAAACAUCAACCCGAUCGUGCCCGACGACCCUGAGCCGUGGGCGCGGGAGCUCGAGGGCGAGGAUGUGAUCUACAAGUCUACCUUUGACG